UGUAUCCUUUCCAAUCCACAAAAGCACAUUUUAGCAUUCACUUAAGAAAUCAUCUCAGUAAGUCUAUCAAGACCCAAGGGCAAACCUGGAAACAUGUUACUUUUUUAACUGCAAUAGCAACCACCAGAAGAGGACUUCUUUUAGGCCUAAAGCAGUAAGUUCUCUUUGGCAGUCCAGUCUCCAAAGCUUUCCUUUGGAUCAUGCACUCAUGCCUACUACCACCACCUCCCAUAGCCCAAGGUACUGCACUUUCUUCAGCCUAAGGGACCGCCAGGUGCCGCGAUCGCUGCCAAGCCAUGAGCAGCCUGGCCGUGGGAGGAUCGAUCGGAUGGCUACAUGGGUCGGGAAUGGCAUCGCCACCACCUUCUUCACAUCAUUGGAGUGCUGCUCUUGCAUCAGUAUAACUACUGAUGAGGAUCGCAAUGAGGCCAAGGAUGUACCCUUGAUAUUCAAUGAUGGGAAUUCACGGAGCGAGGGCGGCGAGCUCGAAAGAGGCCGGAGGAGGAGGGUGAAGGGGAAGAAGGGUUGUGGUGGGUGUUCUAAUGUCUUCUUGUAUGAUAAGUAGAAGCUUAGUUCAAAGGGAUGGCACAUAUACAUACUUAUAUAUGUUAUGUUCUGUCUAUUGUCCUUCCAUGGAUUUUGUGGAUGUUUUUAUGUUUCUAUCAAUUAAUUUUCUUUCCAUGUAGGU